AUGAACGCUUUCCAUCAGCAUGUGCUGAAGAAUGUCAUUGCGUGUAUGUUGGGCGACGAUGCUGGAAAUGUGAUGGUGUAUAUGAUGUCGUUGUUGCGGAUGAUCCUCAACGGCCACAGCUCGUGCAUGUUCUUCUACAUCAAGUACCCUGGAAGCUACACGGCAGCAAAGUAUCAACGCCUGGUGUACACGUCGUACCUGGUGAGCCCUGAUGCACUGGCAGCCAUCCCAACACGCCACCCGUGCCGAUCUUUCUACUUCAUUGACAAUGUCGAUUUGUUCGUGCAAGCAGGAGGCUUCCGACUUGUUCUUCAACGUCUUGCAGACCCGGAUGUUACGUUGACAGAAAUGCUGCUGUACUGCACGAUCCUCAAUGAAGCGAAGCCUUGCCUCACGCAACAGAAGCGACGUCGUAGCUCGUCUUCGGCUCGGCGUCGGCCGACUACUGAAGCUCAAACGGAAGAUUUCUUCCGAGAGUUCUUGAAUGCAACUUUCUCGCGGCUACGGCGUAUGAGUGGAGAGGAGCUGAAGGACGACGAUGGACUCAUUGAUCAUAUUGUAGGCGUGUUGGAUCUGCUGUGUCGAGACGGGUUACUGCUUGGAAGUCGCAUUGCAGAGUCGGAUAUCGAUGAGUCGACGGCCACGGAUGGCUCCGCUUUGUCUUCCGACGUGGAAUUUGCAGAGCAGAUUGAGAUUUUCCAUUUGAAUCUCUCGAAAAGUUUAUCUGCUGUCCGUAUUUGUCGCAACGGCUGCUGGGUAUUUCUCAGGAAGGCUAGCUUGACGUCUGAUGAGCAACCAAUGACGAAAUGGCUGCGCACAAAAUACAUUGUGGAGUGGCUGACGGCUUCUGAUAUCUUGGAAGUGAUACUGGGCGACCGAGAGAGCUGCGCAAAGUACUCUCUCCAGGAAGGCACCCACUUGGAAAUGCUAAAGCGCUCGAAGAAGAUAUUUGGAUUUGUUGCAGCUCACGGUCUGCUGACGGAGAAGCACAUCGUGCUGAUGUGGAAAACCGCGCUCAGCCAGCUUCGUUCAGGCAGGAAAACUGUCUUUGAUAUCUUGAUCACUCUCUGUGGUGUACUGUCGGCUGAUUUGAUGGAUGUUGUCGUGAUGCUACUGACGCAAGUUCCUUUGAACGACUAUGACGAACUCGUCGUGAAUUUCAUCAAACGCGUUAUUAUGAUUGCUUCCAAGCUCGUCGUUGAUGCUGAGACGGGUGGAUUUAAGAUGUCACUAACGUCACUGGUGAGUGCCGCGUCUGGCUCAAGAAACAAACUCAGUGUCAGCGCGCAAAAAGACCUGGAAGUGUUAAACAAGGUGGUAAGUCUGUGUUGCACCCUGUACUGGAACGCGAUUCUUCAAACGGACGCACCCAACGAGAGUGGAUCACUAGGAGUUCGUCCAUCGAUGCGAGCUGAAGUAGAGGCAGCUCUUGCUGACUCGUUGAACCACGUCCAAAAGCUAUGGAUUUCCUCUGGUUCAUCAUCGUCCACGUCAGGAAAAGAGCAACAGCAACUACUGAGUGGUUAUCUAAGCAAGUGUGCAGAGAACAUCAAGGCAGGGACGCUGGUGGAAACGUCCAUGAGUCUGAUUCAACGGAUUGUUGAUGGCUACGGCGGAGGCUCGUCUUCAUUGGCUGCUUCACUGACAAGAGCUAAUUCAACUCCAACAACGCCCAGUGAGUUGUUGAAAGAGCUGAAUAACGCUCACGACAUUGUGUCCGUGGUCGUUGAGGCAAUCAAAAAUUGUGUUGUUCAAGCCGAUAUUAAGGAUCGAUCACAGACUGCGCAUCUUAUUGCCAUCAAGAAGCGUUUGGCAUUUCUCGGGUAUAUCGUGACAAAGUCUGAUUUAAAGCUGCCUUUUGAGGCUGUAUGCCAAUUGUGGGGGUGCUUCAACGGUCCAGAGAGCACGAUGGGUGAGCACGAAGUAUUCUUUGCGUGGUUCACGACGGUCAUCCCCGAUCCGAAUAACUUUGUUCAUCGAGCGUACUCGGGUCAAACGGGCUUUUCUGAAGCUGUUGUGGGAGAAAUAUUCCAGUCUUUGAUUAUGCCUUCAAGUCCCAAUGGAAGCGCUUCCCAGAUCAGUCUGGAUAUGAAAACGAUGAGUAAGGAAUCGUUCUGGGCGUUGGAGAGGUUGUUUCGGUUCGUCAACACGAGCACGAGGCGUAUUUCUUCUACUGGUGUUGUUGGGAGCACCCAAUCGCGUAGUGUGCCACCCAACAAGGAGGAUGCGGGAUUUUUUGUCGUAGAAGCGAUGGAUCUUCUAGGCCUCGAGUCGUUGUAUGAUGUGGUUUUGCGCGCAGAAAACGAUAGUGUGAGUCAGCAAGCUAUCAAUUACCUCAUCUAUCUGCAACUCCACGUCGGUUCCAAGCUCGUGCGGCGUGAGGUGUGGGCAGAUUUUGUGGAAGGGUGUCUUUGGAGACUAAAGGAGGAGGCAAAGACCACGAUCGAUGCUUCUAAGACGCGAAAGGUGGUUCGUCUAUUGGUAUUGCUCAGUACUUUCCUUUACCAAUCCGUCGUGCAAACACGAGACGACGCUGCUGCAGGAGGGACUUUUGAUGGACCAGAGGAGUUAACCGUUUAUGUUCGAACUCAAGGUGGCCGAGUUGCAGCGCCAUUUAAGUAUCACUUGAGACGAACUUCGCUUGUUUCAGAGCUGCGAGAUCGAAUUGCAAAGGAUACAGGUCACCCAGCUGAUCGAGUUCGCAUUGUGAACUCUGCCAAGACUAAACUGACAGCGCAAGGGCAUGGAAAGUUCACACUUGAGAAGGCAAGAGUAUUUUUUACUUAUUCUCUUGGGUCUUCGCGCUCGUCUUCUGGAAAGAAAUUGUUGACUCAAACUGCACCAGCUCCUUCGCGUAGGACGAGCAAGCGUACUUGCUUCGUCGAGGCGAUUUUAUUGUCAAAAGUGGAAAGUGAUACCAGUGGGCACACUAAUCGCAGUAUUUUGGACUUCCACGGAGCCGCUGCAGGUGUAGGUGGCACUGGAAACAACAGUAGUCCGGAGAGCGACUGGCAUGCGAUUAAAACGGAGAUAUCAGAAAAUGAUACGUGGGUGGCACUGUUGUUUAAGCUGCUUUCGUACAACGACGGAAUCGCUGAAGAAGCUUGGAAAGUCCUCAAGUUGCUUACAGUGGAGGAGGAAAUGGAAAAGCAGACGCGUACAAAGCCGAGCUCGUUCGAGUGGGAACCGCUUCUGGAUUCAAAGUGCCCUCCAAAGCUUUUGUAUCAGCUUGAGUUGGUGGAGAAGUUCGCGCUCGCCGUUGGUCUUGAUGGUUUGAUUGGCACUGUGAAUAUGUGGAGUGCGUCUUUUAUCGAGCUUGGUGGCCGGGCGCUACUCGAAGAGUUUGUCCUAUCGUCGAUUCCACGUCAACUACUUGCGCAAGGAACGCUCUCGGUGAUGUGUUUGUCCAAGCUUCUCAAGUUGCUUCGCCACUUUGUCGUUGUGGAGUCCAAACUAGCAGACGAAAAUGGGGAUACUCUUGAAGGAAAUCCUCAAAAAUUGAUUCAUCGUCUCCUGGAAACGCUGAGCAGUCUUCAGGGUCAGCCAACAGUGAGUAGGGAGAGUACUGCGUCGCCUCUUUCUCUAACGGAGUACACUCGCCCACAAGUUGAAGACCCGGACAACAUCGACGACAUCCCGAGUGAUGCGUACUUGAUGACUCGGCUGCUAUCUUGUAUUGCUACCUGUACGCUUGAGGUCAGCCAAGGAGCGUUGGUUUUACUUAAGAGUUACGCAGGUCACGGCGAGAUCGUUCUUUAUUGUCUCGUCGAGAGUCGCUUUAAGCCUGUUCGACUGGAGGCUGCCAACGUAAUUGCAGCGUUGUCUACCACUAGAAACAAGCUUCAAGAAGAUCGUGUUGCGUGCUGCAACUACUUCCUGCAAUUGCUGGGCGAUUAUUCAGGACCCGUGAGUGAUGAAGAAUAUUACAAUGUGUUUACACUUCUCAUCACGAGUGCAGAAGACUUGACGAAGUUCGCAAUUCUCCCGUCCAGCCAAAUCUUGUGUCGUCGGAUCAAGGCCCUCGAGAUUAAAGAUGAUGCUAUCGGUGCUCCAGCUGACCCUGUGCCACCUACUUUUCGAAGAAUGCUUCCACCCGCUCCAGAUGCUCUUUUAGAAGGACAGCUGUCCACGCUGCUUGCUAUCAUCAAGCGAAUCCCGGCUAUGCUAGCAGACGAUGCUCUUGACGUGCCGUGUGAUGGACGCAGCUUGCGCGAGGUGAUCGCGCCCACCCUUCACGACCAAGAAGGGAUUAUACAUGAGCUGUUCCACGAGUGUCUAUUUGCUACACCAGACAAGCAGGGAAAUGGAGAAACUCACAGCAAGGCAAGUGAGUGUGGGGUUAACGAUAUCCAGGCGUCUUCUUCGUCUCAGUAUUAUCUUCGGCAACCCAAGUGCCGGAGUGAUUCGUGUCGUAAUGUCGCCUUUGAUCUCCUUGCGGAGCUGUCGAUUGAUAACACCGACGGACUGCGCUUUCUGCUAACGCAAAUGGCCAAUCAGCACACCCUGGAGCGUCCUCCAGAGCCCUCAGUUGCAACAUCAGUGGUCUCGACGUCAAAGCGAAAGAGCUUAAAGACGGCGAAGGACCAGUUCCUUCAGCGUGGUAAAUACGUGGGUCUGAAGAACCUUGGAUGCACUUGCUACCUGAACUCCACAGUUCAGAGCUUCUUCAUGAUGCCGCGCUUUCGUCGGCAGGUGUUGCGUCUUCAAUCGAGUGGGAGCAGCAGUGACAAAGCUGAAGCGAAGAGCCUCACAUAUGAGCUUCAGUCGUUGUUCGCUCAUCUGGAAGGAAGUGCAAAGCCCUACUACAACCCACGUCCGUUUACUCGCGCAAUGAAGACGUGGGACGGCGAAACGGUGGAUGUGAAUAUCCAGCAGGAUGCCAGCGAGUUUCUCACAUCUUUCUUCCAACAGAUCGAGUCGGAGAUGAACGGUAUCAGUGCUGGCAGUGGUGAUCAGUACACAAGCGAUGAGAAUAUUCUCAACACCUUCUUCGGUGGGGAGUUCAGCAAUGAGCUUGUUGCUGAAGGAGAUCGAUACAGCGAGCGCUUCGAGCCCUUCCACUUCAUUUCCGUGCCUGUCCGUGAUCGAAAGAACCUGAAAGAGUCGUUGGAUGGAUGGGUGGAAGGUGAAAAGGUAAGCUACACGUGGGAGAACGGUAGUGGUGCGAAAGCUGACUCUGGCGAAGAGGAAGAAAAGGUGACGCUGGAAACACACAAGCGUAUCUCCAUCUCGAAGCUGCCUGCCUACUUGAUCAUCCACCUGAAGCGCUUCGAAUUCGACUUUGAGAAGAUGCAGCAGAUCAAGCUUCACGAUCGUUUUGAGUUUCCUACUGAAUUGGACAUGUAUCCGUACACGAAGGAAGGUCAACAAGAGAAGAGGAAGAGAUCGAAAUCAUCGGUGGAAGAGGGAACCGGCAGUCACGACGUCCGACUGAGUUCGUCCUCGGACAACGGAGACGAUGGGAGAACGACGGCUCCAGAAUACUCCCAGUAUGAACUAGUGGGGACUGUGGUGCACCUUGGUACAGCUCACUCGGGUCAUUACUACUCGUUCUUGAAAGAUCAGCAAGUGCCAGGCCACACGAACCCGUGGUACGAGUUCAACGACACGCUGGUGACUCCGUUUGACCCAACUCAAAUACCAGACGAGUGUUUUGGUGGUGAGGACUCGGCACUCACCCGGCAUGAUUCAGCCAGUGGAUCGGCUUCGCUCGAAGAAGGGUCUCCGUUACCAGCCAAGAUGAAGAAUCGCAGUAGCUUCAUGUUGUUCUACGCUCGCGUAUCUCCCGAGCUGCGUAUUGUCCGUGAUGAGGACGCUCCUUGCGUCGGCUUCUCUACUGCUGUAAUUGUGGCAGCAUUUUGCUCUAGGCUAAAGCGGCGAGCGUCUGCCAGACUUUCCCAUCUGCGUAGUAUGGCUCUGGUGAUUGCACCGGAACCAAUUCGCAAGCUCAUUGCGAUGGAGAAUCGCCUCUUCUGGCGGAAGCGGUAUCUGUACGACACGCGCUGCCUCAAGUUCACGUACAAUCUGCUGCGAUCUUGUCUCGUGGGACUGGAAAACGCCAAGAAUAUGGCAGUGAUGCCACGCUUCGAGCCUGUGGAGGUCCAGUUUGAGGCCUUACAAGUGGCAACCAAGUUCGUGUUCGGCACGCUAUGGCAAGGUGGUGAUGUGAGCAAAGUUUUGGAGUGGCGUCUCAUUCUCCAAGCUCUGUAUCACUCUGACAUUGGUGGCUGUCGCUGGUUCUUGUCGACUAUGGAGGCAAACGAGGCGCUGCUUCUGGAGUUGCUGGUGUUUAACGAGCAUCGUGAAGUGCGCGAGUUGAUGGCAAAUGUCAUUUCGGAAGCUAUUGUCACGACGUCCAAUACAGAGUUCGAAGAGGAGGCAAAAGAAGAAUCCGAAAGUUCUUCUGGCGACGGGAAGAAGCGCUUGCCUGCGUCAUUCGAGUUCAUGUUCUUCCUGAUCCAGCUGAUGCCUGCGUUGCUUUCGGUGCCUGUCCAACACCAUCGUCAGUAUUUCCUCACGAUGUACGACUUUGUGCAGACAGGACGCAACGAAGGCUCCUUCCUCGUAGUGAACAGUGUGGUUGGCGCCAUCGUGUCGCUUCUUACAGGCCUUGGAAACACGCAGCCACUGCUCCAAUUGCAGUUAAAGAAACACAAGUCGAAGCAGAUCCUCAAGCGUAUCGACCUCAACGUCACGAUAUUGAAGCUCUUGUCGGUGCUGAUCCGUUGCAGCUUGCCUCCUGCCAUGGACGUCGAGUCGGAUGCUGAGCACCCUCUGAUUCUACCGGCUAACAUGGCUCAAGAACACGUGGAUCUCACACCAGCAGACCACGACGUGCUUCUCAACGAGCGUUUCAUUACUCUGCUCACACAGCGCGCGAACCGCUACACCAAGGAGACGAAACCGUUGGAGCAAAUUGUGAGUCAUCUGUGCUGGGAAAGUCGACGUGUCACUGCGGCCUUCCUGGACAAGAUCAUACAUGGCAUUGAAGUGGAGGACCAUCACGACGUCAAACCAUACUUCCGAACACUCAAUUCGCUGCUUAAGGUCCGCGAUUCCCUCGCUGGAGAGCGUCUUACCGACGGGCUCACGAAACUGGUGGCGGUGAUGGCGUCGCAGCAACGGUAUUAUAAGGCCACGGAGACGUCACUGGAUAUGCUGGCACGACUUGCCAAACGCCACAGUGGCGUGACAAGAUGGCUGCGAGACAACCACCAGAGUUGCGUGUGGAUGGAGAAGUGGCUGAUGGCUCAUCGAGGUGCCGAGGGAUAUCUGCAACAACGCAAGACUGUCCUGGUGAAGCCCAAUAGCACGUCGUCGUGGGUGAAUGUGAGCGCAACGAGUUCAGGGCUCAUCAAGGCAAUCGAUCGCUCCAUCACAAAGUUGCUUCCACGUGUCCGCAGCAUUUUAGACCCGGAAGCUGUCGUAGAAACAUUUUACGACAGCGACGACAACCCGCAACGUCUUGUGGGCAAACGCGUGCGUGUGAAAUGGGCCAAGGACAAGUGGUACGAAGGCACGGUGCAGCAGUUUAACGAGGAUACGUACGAGCACUUUGUGGCAUACGAUGACGGCGACAAACGGUCUUAUCACAUGUCGGAGAAGCUUUUCUACGUGGUGAGCCUCACGCCGUCGCCUAAGUUUCGCAAGAAGAAAACCCAGCAGCAGCAGGCUUGA